CGCUGCAUUUCCGCACCUCUUGUUUUUCCCUUGGACCACGCCAAAAUGGCUUCUCUCCGAACCCCAACCGUCCAAAACCCCUCCCUCUCUCCCUCCUCCAAAACCCGUCUUCCCUGCGCAACUUCCUCCUCCAACAACCUCCGCUUUUCCCCGGCUCCGCACCGACGCCUCAUCAUAGUCUCCUCUUCAGCGUCUUCCAACAAAUCGACGGUACUCGUUGCUGAAAAAUUUGGUGAAGCUGGUAUCGCCGCUUCCCGCAAACCGACAGUACUUGUUGCUGAAAAGCUUGGAGAAGCUGGUGUCGAGCUUCUUAGGAAGUUUACCAACGUCGUAUGUGAGUACAACCUCUCCCCUGAGGAGCUCUGUGCCAAGAUCUCUCUCUGUGAUGCGUUGAUCGUGCGGAGCGGCACCAAGGUGACUCGUGAGGUGUUUGAAGCGUCUGGAGGAAGGCUCAAGGUCGUUGGGAGAGCUGGUGUGGGGAUUGACAAUGUGGAUCUGGCUGCUGCUACUGAGUUUGGUUGCUUGGUUGUCAAUGCGCCCACUGCCAAUACGGUUGCGGCGGCUGAGCACGGGAUCGCGCUCUUGGCUGCCAUGGCCAGGAACGUGGCGCAGGCUGAUGCUUCAGUGAAGGCUGGUAAGUGGCAAAGGAACAAAUAUGUUGGUGUAUCCCUUGUUGGUAAGACCCUUGCUGUAAUGGGGUUUGGAAAGGUUGGAUCAGAAGUUGCAAGGCGAGCCAAGGGACUUGGCAUGCAUGUGGUGGCCCACGACCCAUAUGCUGCAGCUGAUCGUGCCCGUGCAAUAGGUGUGGAUCUUGUGAGCUUUGAUGAAGCCAUAUCUAGUGCAGAUUUCAUCUCCUUGCACAUGCCUCUCACUCCAGCUACAUCAAAGAUCCUCAAUGAUGAAACUUUUGCAAAGAUGAAGAAAGGAGUUCGAAUUGUUAAUGUAGCCCGUGGGGGAGUUAUUGAUGAAGAGGCUCUAGUGAGAGCACUGGAUUCUGGAAUUGUGGCUCAGGCAGCGCUUGAUGUCUUCACUGAGGAACCACCUCCAAAAGACAGCAAGUUGGUGCAGCACGAGAAGGUUACGGUGACUCCACAUCUUGGUGCAAGCACUGUUGAGGCUCAGGAAGGAAAUAAAAUCAUGGUUAAAUGCUAAAUUUGGUCCCUCAACUUUAGUGAGUUGCACAUUUUGGUCUCUCAACAAUUUUUUGCACUUUUUUGAUCCCUCAACUGUACGACAUGCACUCUGUUAGUUCUUUUGU